AACCCCCUUCUGACACAGACUGGGAGCUCUGGAGCGUUUCCAGCCGCCUCCCGGUACGAAGCUGCAGGACGGAGCUCCUCUGUGAUAUCUGGAUCCACCUCUGGCCCAUAGAGAGACAUGCUGUCAGCUGGCACAUACUGGCCGGCCGCCAUGUGGUGGCUCCCGACAGGCCAGCGAAAUCCAGAUAAAUUAGAUUAUUGGAUUGGCUACAACAGAUUAUAGCUCUCCUUCGAUGCUUCAUAAGAAAACGGCAGCAGUUUGAUCAUAGGAAGUUGAAUGACAUAGAGCCUUGAUAAAGACUGGCAGCCAUGCUGACCAGCUUUAUUGAAGGCCUCCUCUGCUGCCUCACCUCCAAACCGGCCAACACCGUGGCUCCCGUGGAAACCUCCGAACCCGCCGAUGGCUACGAGUUCGUGGAGGUGAAACCAGGCCGUGUCCUGCGGGUUCGACACAUCAUCCCUGACAGACCGGUGGUGGAGGAGCCCUCGCUGGGUGGGAUCGUAAGCUGCAAAAGAAAGAUCACAGUCUACCGCAACGGACAGCUGUUCAUCGAGAACCUGGGCGAGAGGGCGAGCGCGGAGCUGAAAACCUGCCAGAACGGAGAGACUGAACCCAACAGCACCGUGGAGGUCGAGCUCACAGACUGCCGCAACUCUUCGCCCCCUGUCAGCAUCCCGGAGGCCCGCUCAGAGUCUCUGACAGCUGGGAACAACGGGGCGUCGGAACCCGGGUCAGCGGGAGAGGCGCCCGCCGCAGGACAGGCCGAGCAGUCCCAGCAACCGCGGAAACGAAGGAGGAAGCCGAAGCGCGCCGUGGUGAUCGACUGUGAGAGGAGGAUAGCAGCGUGUAAAGGAACACAUCCAGAUGUGGCGCUCUUCUUCAUCCACGGGGUGGGCGGGUCACUGGACAUCUGGGGGAGCCAGCUGGACUUCUUUUCCCGACUCGGGUACGAGGUGAUUGCCCCGGAUCUGGCAGGCCACGGAGCAAGCUCGUCUCCACACAUAGCUGCAGCGUACACCUUCUACGCCCUGGCUGAGGAUGUGAGACUAAUCUUCAAGAGAUACGCAAAGAAGAGGAAUAUCCUCAUAGGACAUUCAUACGGCGUGUCUUUCUGUACGUUCCUGGCUCACGAGUUUCCAGACCAGAUUCACAAGAUGGUGAUGAUCAAUGGUGGUGGUCCCACAGCCCUGGAGCCCAGCCUGUGCAGCAUCUUCAACCUGCCCACCUGUGUGCUUCACUGCCUUUCCCCACUGUUAGCCUGGAGCUUUCUCAAGGCUGGCUUCGCUCGGCAGGGGGCCAGAGAGAAGCAGUUGCUGAAAGAGUACAAUGCCUUCAAUGUGUCGUCAUUCGUGUUGCGUGCCAUGAUGAGCGGUCAGUACUGGCCUGAGGGGGACGAGGUCUAUCACGCCGAGCUCACGGUGCCCGUCCUGCUGGUUCACGGCAUGCACGACAAGUUUGUCCCUGUAGAGGAGGACCAGCGCAUGGCUGAGAUUCUGUUAAUGGCGUUCCUGAAGGUCUUGGAGGACGGCAGUCACAUGGUGAUGCUGGAGUGUCCCGAGGUUGUCAACACACUUCUGCAUGAGUACUUCCUCUGGGAACCGAUCAACCUUCCGCCGCCAAAGAAAGAGCCCAAAGCCCGUCCGGAGACCGCCAAAGCUCAAACCGACAACACCAUUUCUGAGCCCACCAAGGUCCGGCCUGCGACGGCCAGGCAAAAUUAACCAAACGGAGAGGGAAGAGACAAAAGAAUGCAACCGACUAAGGCUAAAACUGUAUCAGAGGUGUAUGUGAAUCCUGGAUCAUGCACUUCCAGCAGAACAGAGCUGGUUUGAAUCAGAUAGAGAGCCAAAAUGGCCAAUUUAUCUGAGCUCCUCUGGGUGAAAGUUGGGUUUGUGGAGGUGAGGCAUUACCAGGACUUUGGGUUUGGUUUCAGGUGGUGUUUGAGGAAGAGUGCAGCUCACAGGAGCUUAACCGUUCAACAGAGGAUGAUGUGGGUGUGCCUUGAAGUGAUCAGGAAAAUUUGAAAAGUCACACAACAAAACAGUGGUGAAAUUCAACCAAGUGAUCCACUAGGUCAGUAGCUAUGAUGGCUAUGUUAUGAACGUUGUUAUGAAACUGGCAGGUCCAGAAGGGAAACAGGGACAUCUUUGUCACCAGCAGCACUUUCCAUCGCGUUCUUGGGGAUCCCAAGGUGUUGCCAGGGAAGCUCGUGGUCUCCUCCCAGGAAGACGUGUCCUGAGAACCUCCAAAGGGAGGCACCCAGGUGCCCAGAUUCCCAAACUUCAGCUAACUCCUUUCACUGUGAAGGAGUAGGACCUCUGCUCUGAGCUCCCCCCAGAUGACCGAGCUCCUAAUCCAAUCUCUAAGUCUGAGUACAGACAGCGUACAGAGCGAAAUCAGUCCCUUCUGUCCAGGAUCUCAUUCGUUAGAGAAUUACUGGCUCUGUAUCUGAUGGUUUUUGGUUCAGCUACAAAUCAGAGCACAGUCCGCAUUACUACGCAUGAGGCCCCAGUACAUCUACACAUCUCGCUCCAUCCUGCCGUCACUCAUGAGCAAGGAACCAAUAUACAAGAACUCAUCCACUUAAGGCA